UGCAAGAUGGCGACGGCAAUGACAGGACGUGGUGUCGCUUUUAUUAGGAAUAUAUCUGGGGUGUUACACUCAAGACUACAGGCUCUGGGUGGCAGUCCUCAGCAGCUCUCAUGUCUCCACACCAGCACUUCACUGGAAUCAAAACACUGGGAGAGGAGGAACAAAACGGUGUAUCCACCUCAACUGUCAGAAGAGCCUCGCAGACCAGCAGAGAUCCACCACAGCAGGAGGCAGAUUAAGUACAGCAAAGACAAGAUGUGGUACCUUGCCAAAAUGAUUAAAGGGAUGAGCAUUGAUGAGGCCGUUGCCCAGCUGGAGUUCAACGACAAGAAAGGGGCUAAGAUCAUGAAAGAGGUCCUCCUUGAAGCUCAAGAGAUGGCAGUCAAGAAUCACAAUGUAGAGUACAAGUCCAACCUGUAUGUGGCUGAGUCCUACUCCGGCAAAGGGAGGUACCUGAAGCGGAUCCGUUACCACGGCCGCGGGAUGUUUGGCAUCAUGGACAAAGUUUACUGUCACUACUUCGUCAAGCUGGUGGAGGGCUCGCCGCCCAAACCGGAGCAGAAGAAGACGGGCUUCGACCAGGCCAAAGAGUACGUCCAGAACCUCAAGAGCCGAACCAUCAUCCACAGCCUGUAGAUCAUGUGACCGAGUUUCACAUGUGCUUUUUACUGUGUGUCUCUGUGUGUGUGUGUGUGUGUGUAUGUGUCAUUUGCCAUUUGUAAAUAAAAAAUGACUGACUG